AUGGUCUCAGAAAAGGACCACGUGACUACUGAGAAGCAGCAACUUUCGGAGCAGACCACUGCAGCUACACUUGAGACUUUGGCUCACAGGAUCCAGAUUGCAUUCUCAUGUUUCAAAAGCUUUUUCGUGUACAUCGAGCUCCUCUUCGCCGCCCAGCCAACAUGGAUUGACAUAUGUUUGAUCAUCUGUGGUACCGUCUGUGCUGCUGGAGCUGGUGUUCCAUUCCCAUUGAUGGGUGUGCUGUUCGGUCAACUCAUUGACAACUUCAAUGGCGCGACAUGUGCAGCCGACAGUAGAGCAGCAGCUGUGGAUCCUUUCGAAUACGAAGCUGCCAUCAACGACAAAGUUAUCAAGACAGUAUGGAUUGGUGUCAUUACUUUAGUCCUCAUCUACGGUCAUUUGACCUGCUGGAACAUCAUCAGUCAACGCCUUGCACAACGUUUGCGAACUCGUUAUGUCUCGGCCCUACUUCGACAGUCACCAGAAUUCUUUGACACUCAAGGCUCAUCUGGCCAAGUGUCUAGUCGCUUGCAAGAAGAUAUCACGGCCGUGCAAGCUGGAACUUCCGAGAAGGUCGGCAACAUCCUUACGACCAUCAGCUUCUUCAUCACAGUCUUCAUCAUCGCCUUCACCCAACAACCACGUCUUGCGGGUAUUCUCAUCUGCAUGCUGCCCGCAUUCCUGCUGUCAGGCAUUCUUGGUGGCCGCUAUCUCAGCAAGUAUGUUGUGCGACAAAGUGCUGCAGCUGCUUCGGCCUCAUCGAUUGCUUCCGAAGCGCUGUCGCAUAUCAAUAUUGUGCACGCUUUCGGAGCCGGUCCUCGUCUCGAAGCCAAGUUCUCGGCCCAUAUGGCUCGCGCUAGGAAAUUCGCCACAACAAAGGCUGCUAUUGCUGCGGUGCAGACUGGACUACUUUACUUCAUUGCAUACUCUGGCAAUGCUCUAGCAUUUUGGCAAGGCAGUCUUCGUAUCGCCGACUCUGCCGCGAACAACGGUGAUGGCGCGUCUGUCGGUCAGAUUUACGCAAUCGUUUACCUUCUAGUCGAUGCUUGUGUCAUGCUCGGCGGUAUCGCUCCGACACUUCCAUUUUUGGGAGGCGCCACGGCAGCAUAUCAGAAACUCAAGAAGGAUAUCGAAGCGCCUUCAUCAAUUGAUGGUAUGUCUGACUCUGGCGUCGUUCUUCUGUCUCACACUGCAAAGUCGCUUCGCUUUCGUGACGUUAGCUUUGAGUAUGCCUCGAGACCUGAACAAGCCGUCUUGCGCAACGUCGAUCUUGAGUUUCCGGCUGGCAAGUACACCGCCAUUGUGGGUUUGUCGGGCAGUGGUAAGUCUACUAUCGCAGCUCUCAUUGCUCGCUUGCACGAUCCCACAAAUGGCAGUAUCGAGCUAGAUGGCCAUGACUUGCGUGAUCUCAACGUCAAGUCUCUUCGCAGCUUUAUCAGCUUCGUUCAGCAAGAGCCCUCGCUUCUAGAUCGCUCCAUCCUUGAGAAUAUUGCCCUUGGUCUUGUCAACUCACCCAAGACCGUGCACCAACAUCUCAAGCCACUUCUCAACAGUGUCGAUCUUGCAAACAUGGCUGAGAAGUGCAACGAUGGUCUAGCAGGGGCUUCCAGUCUUGGUCCAGAAUAUGGCGAACUUGCUGCCCUCAUACAACAUGCUGCCGAGCAAGCCGAUGCUGCCAACUUUGUCCGGAGACUGGAGUCUGGUUAUGCUACGCCGGCAGGCUCCGGCGGCUCCCAAUUAAGCGGUGGACAGAGACAGCGUAUCGCGCUUGCUCGAGCACUUAUCCGUGAUCCCGAAAUCUUGGUCCUCGACGAGGCGACAGCAUCUCUUGAUUCUGCUAGCGAGAAGCGGAUCCAGCUUGCUGUCGAGCGCGCUGCUGCGGAGCAGCGCACCAUCAUUUCCAUCGCUCAUAGACUGUCCACGAUUCGUAAUGCAGACAACAUAGUCGUCAUGCAAGCUGGUCAAGUCGUUGAGCAGGGGUCAUACGUUGACCUGAUGUCCAAGGAGGGAGGCGAGUUCGCACGAAUGGCCCACCUUCAGACGCUCGGUACCUCAAAUGUCGGCACAUCUUUGUCAAAUGUCUCUCUCGAGACAACGACAUACGAGUCUGACAGCGAGUUGAAUGAGAAGGGAGAGUUCACGGAUUUGACGCGUGCUGUGAGCAGCGAGCAUCACGGCCCAGCUGCAGACCAGGAGAAAAACGGCGAGGUUACAAAAGACGGUGAACUUGAUACUGUUCGUCCAUUCGGUUCCGUCACGAAGGGACUGGCCUCGCUUCUGCGUCCAUCUCUAGGCUGGCUGGUCAUGGCCCUGAUCGCUGCUGUAUUCGUCGGUGCAACCUUCUCUGGCGCUGGCAUAAUCUUCGGAUUCACAGUCGGCGCCUUGAACCCAUGCGAAAGUACUGUCGAACGUAUCCUAUCAAUGGGUCGAUUGUUCUCUGGUCUCUAUUUCAUGCUUGCUGGUGUCGAGCUUUUUGCAAACUUCCUUGCGUGGUGGGGGUUUGGAGUCGCUGGAGAGAAGCUGCUGUACAACCUGCGAGUUCUCUCGUUCCGAUCUUUGCUUGAGCAGAGCAUCCAUUGGCACAACUCGGAGAGUCGUACACCAACGAGUCUUCUCUCUAUCAUCACUAAAGAUAGCAUGUCCAUUGGUGCUUUCAGUGGCUCGACCUUCGGCACUAUCUUUGCCAUUUGCAUCAACAUCAUUAUCGCGAUUGUCAUCUCCCACAUCUUUGCUUGGAAGAUCGCUUUGGUGUGUCUGGUAACAGUGCCUAUCCUUCUUGGCUCCGGCUUCAUGCAACUGCGCAUGCUAGCUCGCUAUGAAGAACGGCAUCGUGGCGCCUUCACGACUGCGACCUCGCUCGCCACAGAAGCCAUCCAAUCAAUUCGUACAGUUGCACUUCUUUCACUCGAGACCGAAUACAUGGACUCGUUCGAGCGUCUUCUCAAGCCUCCGCGAAAGCAGGUCGUGCGCGCAUCAAUGACGACCAACAUCUGGCUUGCCAUCUCAUAUACUACUGGCACUUUUGUCAAUGCUCUUGCUUACUGGUGGGGUUCUCAACUCAUUAUGAAAGGAGAGUACACGCAGAGAGACUUUCUCAUCAUUCUUGUCGCUAUGCUCACAAGUGCACAACUCUGGAGUGGUAUGUUUUCUCUUGCUCCGGAGUUCUCUCGCGCACGAUUGGCGCUGUCGAGAGUUAUGAAUGUGAUCGAAAUGGGCUCGAGCAAACAUGUUGGUACAUCAGGCGCUGAUCCUGCAAAGUCUGGACACGACGUUGAGGCUAGUGGCGAGACCAAAACAAGUAGUCUCGCUCAUGGUCGAGGUGGAGCAAAAGUCACGUUCAAGAACGUCGACUUCGCUUAUCCCAACCGUCCUGAUGUCAAGAUUCUAAACGAAAUAGCCUUCUCACUUCCGCCCAACACAUUCUGUGGUCUUGUUGGCCCAUCAGGAGCAGGCAAAUCGACCAUAAUGGGACUAGUACAGCGAUUGUACUCGCCCACUUCCGGAGCUGUCUGCAUCGAUGACCAAGAUAUCGCCAAUUUGCCUAUCUCGUUCCGCGACUCGAUCGCCUUAGUACCUCAAGAUCCUGCCUUGUUCGAUGGCAGUAUUCGUUUCAAUGUCGCCCUAGGCGCACCGCCAAAUCAUGAGCCAAGUCAAGCAGAAAUUGAAGAAGCUUGCCGACUGGCAAAUGUACAUGAGACCAUCACUUCCCUACCGGAUGGCUACGAUACCGAAUGCGGACCCUCUGCCUCCCGUCUCAGCGGUGGUCAACGGCAACGUCUUGCUAUCGCGCGUGCUCUGAUUCGCAAACCGCGUCUUUUACUCUUGGAUGAGAGUACGAGUGCUUUGGACGCUGCUUCUGAGGCUGCGUUACAGGAAGGACUGGAGAGAGCGAGUAGAGGGACUACUGUCUUGGCUAUUACGCAUCGUUUACACAGUGUGCAGAAAGCUGAUGUCAUCUUUGUUGUUGAGGAUGGAAGGAUUGUGGAUCAGGGUAGGCAUGGAGAUUUGAUGGAGAGGAGGGAGAGUUACAGGAUCAAUGCGAUGCAGCAGAUGUUGCAGUGA